AGGCGGCGGUGGCUGCGGCGGCGGCGGCAGGGCUGGGGGCGGCGAGUGGCCCGCGCGACACGCGCCGGCCCCGACUCUAUGCAGUGACUCGCGCGGCGCAGGCGCCUCCUGCCCCGCCGGCGGGGCCCGGGCUUCCCGCUGCGGGAUGUUCUCCCGAAGGAGCCACGGGGAUGUGAAGAAGUCCAUCCAGAAGGUGCUGGACCCGAAGAAGGACGUGCUGACCCGCCUGAAGCACCUGCGGGCGCUGCUGGAUAAUGUGGAUGCAAGUGAUCUUAAGCAGUUUUUUGAGGCCAACUAUUCUCAGAUAUAUUUCAUCUUCUAUGAAAAUUUUAUAACACUGGAAAAUAGUUUGAAAUUAAAAGGGAAUAAUAAGUCACAAAGGGAGGAGCUGGACUCCAUCCUCUUUCUUUUUGAAAAAAUACUGCAGUUUCUACCUGAACGAAUUUUCUUUCGAUGGCAUUACCAGAGUAUAGGUUCAACUUUAAAAAAGCUUCUACACACUGGAAAUUCUAUUAAGAUAAGAUGUGAAGGAAUCAGGCUGUUUCUUUUGUGGCUUCAAGCACUUCAGACAAACUGUGCAGAAGAGCAGGUGCUGAUUUUUGCUUGCCUCGUACCUGGUUUCCCAGCGGUCAUGUCGUCCAGGGGGCCCUGCACACUGGAGACGCUCAUCAAUCCUAGCCCUAGUGUAGCUGAUGCAAAGGUUUAUCCAGAAGAAAUCACUCCACUCUUGCCAGCCAUAUCAGGGGAGAAGAUUGCUGAGGACCAAACCUGCUUUUUUCUUCAAAUACUUUUGAAGUAUAUGGUUAUUCAGGCUGCAAGCUUGGAGUGGAAGAAUAAGGAGAAUCGAGAUACUGGUUUUAAAUUUCUUUUUACAUUGUUUCGAAAGUAUUAUCUUCCUCAUUUAUUUCCAUCAUUUACUAAGUUAACAAACAUCUACAAACCUGUGCUUGACAUCCCUCAUUUGAGACCAAAGCCAGCAUACAUUACUACAAUUCGAGACAAUGAAAACAUUUACAGCACAAAAAUUCCCUACAUGGCAGCUCGUGUUGUUUUUAUUAAGUGGAUUGUAACUUUCUUUUUGGAAAAGAAACUAACUACAACACAAAACACUAAAAAUGGAGUUGAUGUAUUGCCUAAAAUCAUCCAGUCUGUUGGAGGUGGUGUCGUGCAAGAGAGGGCACCGGAAUUGGAUGGCGGUGGGCCCGCAGAGCAGGACAAAAACCAUUCUAACAGCAGCACCUUGUCCGACAGAAGACUCAGCAAUUCCAGUCUCUGUAGCAUUGAAGAAGAGCACCGAACGGUGUAUGAAAUGGUGCAGCGGAUUCUCUUGUCAACACGAGGUUACAUCAAUUUUGUGAAUGAAGUAUUUCACCAGGCGUUUUUGUUGCCUUCCUGUGAGAUAGCUGUAACAAGAAGAGUAGUUCAAGUGUACAGAAAGUGGAUCCUCCAGGACAAACCUGUCUUCAUGGAGGAACCAGAUAAAAAAGAUGCUGUCCAAGAAGAUGCUGAAAAAUUAGGAUUUUCAGAGACGGAUAGCAAGGAGGCCUCAUCUGAAAGUUCUGGUCAUAAGCGAUCUUCCAGUUGGGGACGCACGUACUCCUUCACAAGUGCAAUGAGCAGAGGGUGUGUGACAGAGGAGGACAAUACGAAUGUGAAAGCUGGAGCCCAGGCUCUGAUGCAGGUAUUUUUGACGAACUCUGCAAACGUCUUUUUAUUGGAACCAUGUGCUGAAGUUCCCAUGCUCUUGAAAGAGCAAGUUGAUGCUUGUAAAGCUGUUUUGAUUAUUUUUAGGCGCAUGAUAAUGGAGCUUACGAUGAAUAAAAAGACAUGGGAACAGAUGUUGCAAAUACUACUCAGGAUAACAGAAGCUGUCAUGCAGAAGCCAAAGGAUAAACAAAUAAAGGACUUGUUUGCCCAGAGCUUGGCAGGGUUACUAUUUAGGACACUCAUCGUGGCUUGGAUCCGAGCAAACCUCUAUGUGUACAUUUCUCGAGAGCUCUGGGAUGACUUUCUCGGUGUGCUGUCCUCCCUCACGGAGUGGGAAGAACUCAUCAAUGAGUGGGCCAGCAUCAUGGACUCCUUGACAGCAGUGCUCGCAAGAACUGUUUAUGGUGUGGAGAUGACAAACCUACCUCUGGAUAAAUUAAGUGAACAAAAAGAAAAGAAGCAACGAGGCAAAGGCUGUGUCCUAGAUUCUCAGAAAGGAACCACUGUGGGGAGAUCCUUUUCUCUCAGCUGGCGGAGCCACCCGGAUGUGACCGAGCCAAUGCGAUUUAGGAGUGCCACCACGUCUGGAGCACCGGGGGUUGAGAAGGCAAGAAAUAUCGUUCGCCAAAAAGCAACUGAAGUGGAAGAGUGUCAGCAGUUGGAAAAUGCACCUGCAGCUGGAUCUGGUCAUCUCAUGGUGGGACAGCCCCAACAGGUCCUUCGGAGCAGCAGCACAUCUGACAUCACUGAGCCACUGUGCUCAGAUUCUUCUCAGGGUCAAAAGGUAGAAAAUGUACAGAAUUUGAGUUCUUCAGAGCCGAAGCCUAUUCAGGAGAAUAAAGGACCUGUGAAGAGAGAACAUGAAGGAAUACCAAUCUUAGUUCGAAGAAGCAGCAGCCCUGCUGAGUUGGAUUUGAAAGAUGAUUUACAGCAGAUGCAAGGAAAAUGUGGGGAAAGACAAAAGAGUGAAAGUACCAGCAGUGACACAGGUCUGGGCUAUAACAACGAGGCAGAGCUAUCCGUGAGCCCAUGGCAGACCUGUGAGGAAGACCAAGAGCUGAAUACUCCCACAGAUGUUGUGGCUGACUCUGAUGCUCGCCAUUGGUUACAGCUGAGUCCCACUGAUGCUUCAAAUUUAACAGAUAGCAGUGAAUGCCUCGCAGAUGACUGUAGCAUUAUUGCUGGAGGGAGCCUUGCUGGUUGGCACCCAGACUCUGCUGCUGUGUUAUGGCGAAGAGUGUUGGGAAUCCUGGGAGAUGUGAAUAAUAUCCAGUCACCCAAGAUCCAUGCCAAAGUCUUCGGCUACCUCUAUGAACUCUGGUACAAACUAGCAAAGAUCCGGGACAAUCUAGCAAUAAGCCUGGACAACCAGUCUUCCCCGUCUCCUCCCGUCUUGAUCCCACCACUCAGAAUGUUUGCAUCAUGGCUAUUUAAGGCAACGACAUUGCCAAAUGAAUAUAAGGAAGGCAAACUGCAAGCCUACAGGCUGAUCUGUGCCAUGAUGACCAGACGCCAGGACGUUCUGCCAAACUCGGAUUUCCUGGUGCAUUUUUACCUUGUGAUGCACUUGGGAUUAACCAGCGAGGAUCAGGAUAUCUUAAAUACCAUUAUAAGACACUGUCCACCCCGCUUUUUCUCCCUGGGCUUGCCUGGCUUCUCAAUGCUGGUGGGGGACUUCAUCACGGCCGCUGCCAGGGUCCUCAGUACAGACAUGUUGACGGCGCCUCGUUCAGAAGCUCUCACUAUCCUCGGUUCUCUUGUCUGCUUUCCAAAUACCUACCGGGAGAUCCCUCUGUUGCGGUCAGUGCCGGAAGUGAAGGAGGUCCUUACAGGGACUGAAGAUGUCAAGCAUUACCUCAUAAAUAUUUUGCUGAAGAAUGCCGCAGAGGAACCAAAUGAAUGUGCAAGGUGCAUUGCUAUUUGCUCCCUUGGGGUCUGGAUAUGUGAAGAGCUCGUGCAGUGUACAAGCCAUCCUCAGGUGAAAGAGGCCAUCAAUGUGAUAGGUGUAACUCUAAAGUUUUCUAACAAAACCGUCGCUCAGGUAGCUUGUGAUAUUCUUCAGUUGCUGGUUUCCUACUGGGAAAAGCUUCAGAUGUUUGAAACCUCUCUGCCUCGGAAAAUGGCAGAAAUCCUGGUGGCCACAAUUGCUUUUCUUUUACCAAGUGCAGAGUACUCCUCGGUGGAAACAGACAAGAAGUUCAUUGUGUCCUUGCUCCUCUGCCUCUUGGACUGGUGCAUGGCAUUGCCGGUGAACACCCUUCUCCACCCGGUGUCCACAGUGGUCCUGGAGGAGCAGCACUCAUCCAGAGCUCCCUUGCUGGAUUAUAUCUACAGGGUUCUACACUGCUGUGUUUGUGGCUCCAGCACGUACACCCAACAGAGUCACUACACCCUGACGCUGGCUGACUUGUCAUCCACGGAUUACGACCCCUUCCUACCACUGGCAAAUGUGAAGAGUUCUGAGCCAGUACAGUAUCAUUCAUCAGCAGAAUUGAGUAACCUGCUGACUGUUGAAGAGGAGAAGAAGAGAAGAAGUUUGGAGUUGAUCCCUCUGACUGCCCGAAUGGUAAUGGCCCACCUGGUGAACCACCUGGGGCACUACCCCCUCAGCGGGGGCCCUGCCAUGCUGCACAGCCUUGUCAGCGAGAACCAUGAUAAUGCCCAUGUGGAAGGUUCUGAGCUGUCCUCCGAGGUGUUCAGGAGCCCGAACCUGCAGCUGUUUGUCUUUAAUGAUAGCACCCUUAUCUCCUACCUUCAGACGCCCACGGAAGGACCAGCAGGCAGAUCACCAGUGGGCGCCCUCUCCGAUGUGAGAGUGAUCGUGAGGGAUAUCUCAGGGAAGUAUUCUUGGGAUGGUAAGGUUUUAUAUGGACCUUUGGAAGGCUGCUUCACACCCAGUGGAAGAAAUCUUUCAUUUCUGAUUUCGGGCUGGCAUAAUCACACAGUUGGAGCUCAGAAAGAUUUUUCUCAAAUUGAGGAGGGAGAUGAUGUCCUUGACAAAUUACUUGAAAACAUUGGCCACACAAGUCCUGAAUGCCUUUUACCAUCACAGCUAAAUCUAAAUGAGCCUUCCCCACCCCCACGUGGAAUGAACUGUGACCAAGAGAAGGAAAUCAUUGAGGUCAUUUUGCGCCAAAGUGCUCAGGAAGAUGAGUACGUCCAGAGAUGUAACUCUGAUUCUUCAAUGAAAGUCACCAGCCAAGGGCAGCCCUCACCAGUGGAGCCCCAAGGACCCUUUUAUUUCUGCAGGUUGUUGCUCGAUGACUUGGGAAUGAAUUCAUGGGACAGAAGGAAGAAUUUUCAUCUGUUGAAGAAGAAUUCAAAAUUAUUGAGAGAGCUAAAACAUCUGGACUCCCGUCAGUGCCGUGAGACACACAAAAUCGCAGUGUUUUAUAUUGCGGAAGGUCAAGAAGACAAGUGUUCAAUCCUCUCCAAUGAAAGAGGAAGCCAAGCAUAUGAAGAUUUUGUUGCUGGACUUGGAUGGGAGGUGGAUCUCUCAACCCACUGUGGGUUCAUGGGUGGCCUUCAGCGCAAUGGCAGCACUGGGCAGACGGCCCCUUACUACGCUACCUCGACCGUGGAAGUGAUUUUCCACGUUUCUACUCGGAUGCCAUCAGACUCAGAUGACUCACUCACCAAAAAGCUCCGUCACUUGGGGAAUGACGAGGUCCACAUCGUCUGGUCUGAACACUCCAGGGACUACCGCAGGGGUAUUAUCCCAACUGCCUUUGGAGACGUUUCAAUCAUUAUUUACCCAAUGAAGAAUCACAUGUUCUUUAUCGCGAUAACGAAGAAACCUGAGGUUCCGUUUUUUGGGCCUCUGUUUGAUGGAGCCAUAGUGAGUGGGAAGCUGCUGCCAAGCCUUAUAUGUGCCACUUGCAUCAAUGCCAGCAGGGCUGUGAAGUGCCUCAUCCCGCUCUACCAGAGCUUCUAUGAAGAGCGAGCUCUGUACCUCGAAGCAAUAAUUCAGAACCACCGUGAAGUAAUGACAUUUGAGGAUUUCGCAGCCCAGGUCUUUUCUCCUUCUCCCAGUUACUCCCUCAGUGGAAUGGAUUAAAAUCCACAAAGGUCUCAUUACAAUAUCUGAGCAAGGGCCCCUGGCCUCCAGCCCGAGUGCCAACCGCAAGAAGCCCCUUGGUAAGGAGGAGACAGAUCAGACUCUCCCGCCCUCCCCCGAGCCUGUAAACCCGAGACUCUAGGAAACUUCAUCGCUGUGCUAGUGUCCUCAGCAAGUCUUCCCAGUAAUGAACUUCUGAAGUCAAAGGUGAAUUCCACUAAAAUGUUUCAGAUGGGACUUUCAAACUAGGCUGCGCCAUCUUGUCCUGAAACCUCACAAACCUUCAGCUUCCAAAGAAGAAAAGAAGUCACCAAUAACAAGAAGCAAACUCGCUGUCACAUGGGCACUGGUGUGGCUGCUCCGGACAGAGCCCAGCAGGAAAAGAUUCUGCGUUUUCAGGGAGGGCGAGGAGGGCAGGUGAUUUCUGUACCCCAAGUUGUCUUCUCUCGUUUAUAAACCCAAGUAUGAUUUGCAGAGGGGCUGGCAAACAACUGUUUAAUUGUUUGAGGAAUUUUCUCUGCAUUGAUUUCGCUACUUAUGUUAGGAUUUAUGCUUUACUCAAAAAUUUCAUCAUCACGGAAAUUGGCUUUCCCCAGGGUCUUUUGCCCGGGAGAACUUUUUCCUCAGUUGUUGAGUGUUUUCCACCUGGUGCCUGAUGCCCACUGAGAAGAGGUUCUCCUGACCACCCAGAGGCCCUCCAGGUCACAACAGUGACACUCCCACCCCAGAACACUUAGAAGAUUCUAGCAAACAAGGUCCUGUCCUUGUAGGGGUUCCUGCAGGACAAGAAGUGUCCCAAGGCUCGAAACAGCACAGCACCGUAUCAACACGAAGGGCGUGCACCAGCUUCAGGUGCUAGGUGGGCUGUGGUGGGCACCCCCGGAACGUCCUCAUGCCUCCAGAAGCUUCACCCUGCAAUCUCGCUCCUGUCUAUUGCUCAGAGAGGGCCAAGAUGAGCCUUAGAAUGUUUCUUGUCACACAAUUUCAAGCAAGGGAUUUGAUCGUUAUUUUUUACCAGUUUGGCUCCAAGGAAGGCAUAUUGGGCCUGUUUUUUUUAAAAUAAGAAAGAAGGAAAGAAAAGAGAAAGAAUGACAAGCCCUGACUUCUGUCUGGGCUGGCCCAGCCCCCUUGCUGGGAGACUCUGGUGGGCCCUACCCGGCCAGCAGCAGAGAAGUGGGUCAGCAGGGAGAGCUGUUUAGCACAGGCCUCCGCUGCUCUCCUGGCCCUUGACCUGUCUCAGAGCUACAGGUUUGCUCCACCCCCGACGUCACCUCGGAGGUAAACCCAAGAAAUUCGUGGAGUCCCUCCCCACUGCACAGUCUUUGUUCUCGUGAGACCGUUUCACAAUGCACGUGCCCUGAGAGACCCCUUCACUCACAACACAACAGCGCGUGAAACACAGCGACUAGCUAAAGGCUUAAGAUGCAGAGCCUUUGCACCUUCCUCUCCCCUCUGCCCUCUGCCCUCUGCCCUCUGCUCUUGCAGACACCGUGUGCCACCCGCAGCCUGCGUGGUCACCAAGGGUCUGGAGAAGCCCUGCGAGCCUGCUCACCCCAUUGAGCGGCCUUCUUCACUGAGGAGCCGUCGGGUUGGUUUGGCAGGUACCUGGCCUUUGUGGGGAAAAUAGCAGACCCAGACGCCAGACUCACUCUUGGGCCAAGUGAGAAAGGGCGGAGACAGCCAUUGCUGUCGGAAGGGUAGACCUUCUAAUUCUAGAGAGAAUUUGUCUGUCUGCUUUAUAGGGGAUCACAGGGAGGGUUUGAAGCCCACCAGGCAGAAGCAACUUGAGAACUAUCUGAACAUAAGAGAACGAGGGCCGUUCCAAAGCAGGAGUAAGCUUUAAUCGUUUCGGGCUGUUUCGUAAAGGGCCCAGUGUGUUCACUUAUUGCUUACUGGCUACAUAAAGGGUUUCCAGGAGUCAUGGCAUUUUCUGUGGUGUCAGCAAAUGCCACGAUUCUUAUUCUCCCCCACCCCCAUUUUCUUUUAAUGAUUUGAGCUCUCUGGCCAGCGUGGUCUGGCCAGUGUCACUCAUACUUGAGAGUGUUGUUGAGCUGCUUCGUUUCAUGUUUACAAAGCACCCAGAUCAUCGUUCCUGCAGGAAAGUGUGUCACAUGUCCUGGGCUCCAGAGUCCCCUGUAGGUCUCUAGCAACACGUGGCUUCUGAGAGAACAUUACGUCUAAGAGCAUAACCCCUGUUACAGAAUUCCUGGCUUUAGCAGGAGAGAGUGUCAGGAUUGGGAAGUCCCAUUUAACUCUUACGGACUUCUGCUCCGUGAUUUCAUUUUGCCUCCAAGAUCCUGACCUUGGAGCGGGAAAUUCAUUGUAGGUAGCACAUAACUCUACCUUCAUAUGAUCCCUGGUGAUUUUAACAGCCCCAUGACCCCAGAUUACAGCCAGCAGUUCUGUGGCUGGAGUCUUUUUGAGACCCACGUUCUCAGUAACAGCUCUGGUUUGGAGGUUCGGAGCCCGGCAGCAGGGAAUCUGGCAACCAUGUUUGCUUGUGAUCACAUGGACUUGAGUCAUUUUUGUUAUUUGGGGUGGAAAAUUGAAACAAUUUAAGGUUUUUUUUUUCUUUCUUAGAAAAGCAAAUAAUUGUGUUUUUGCAAUAAAUGCCUUUCAGCAAAAUUGUGGAGGGUCAUUCAUCCGGUAGGGACCCACCUGCGGCACAGCGCUGACUCAUCACAGUAGUAUGACUAGGUCACCCUUCUGUAAACAAAGGUGGCACAGAUUGGCCCAAAGGUGAUAAGACUCACUGGCCUCAGGCAGGACCAGUCCAGUUCCCUUACUUCUCUGCACACCGGUUGCCAGAUUUCCAUCUAAAGCAAAGCUGAUGUUUGAAUAGGUUUUUGGACUUUAAAAAAUAGUAAUUUCACAAAAUGAUGACUUUUUAAAAAUAGUCAAGCCUUCAGCAGACAGAAGCAAGGAAAUUUAGCCUGGGUGAAUGACUGUCAAAAGUGUCUUCAGCAGUUAAGUCUGCGGCUCCUAAAAGCCACAGGUUGUCGGGGGUGGGGGGGUGACCCUUGACUUUGUGAUGUGAGUCGAUUGAUCAGACCCUUAGCCUUACCAGUGAGAUCACGCAGAUCCAAGAGCCAUGCACACCCAGUCUUCCUGACCUUCCUCGGCUGGUACCGCCUGUGCUCCGCUGACCUGUUGUAUGUGCAUCAUGUGGAGGUUUGAUGAAUCCUUUGAAACUUCCUGUGAUGUUGUAUAUGUCACUGUGUUACAUUUAUCAAUAUAUCUACUGAAGGGGAAUCUGCAUCUGAAGGGAAACUCAACGUGAAACAACCGUGGUUUUAGUUGCACUCAUUCUCUAUGUAUGACAUACACAUGAAGUGAAUGUUUUCUUACGUUUUCAGGUCUACAGUGUUUAGUAAAUGUAAAUACGGAAAAAAUUUGAUAAAUAUGGUAAAUUAAGUUAUAGUAUGUCAUUUGAUUCUUAUUUUGCUAUCUCUUAUUUAAUUUCCCUGAGGCUCCACCUCUAGGUUCAUUCUUAGGCGGUAGAGACCUUCCCGUGUAACCCACCAUUGCAGCUGUGUACGUGUGCACCAAGGCACACGGCAGCAAAUGCAGCCACGCCGGGAAAGCACACGGCUCAGCCAACAGCCACACUUGACUUUGCAGUUAACCUUCUUUUCCUCUUUAACUCUGACUUACUGUGAUGAUUUAAUAAAGUGGAAACACAGCACUUAGGUGCUAUAUGUUUCUUUCAUUCUCAUUAUAGUUUGUAGGAAAAUAAAGUUUAUCCUGGUGUCUAAUAAAAA